AUAAACAUUACGCUGCGCGCGUACCUAAAAAAGCAGCAGAGAGGAAGAAGAAAAAAAGAGUUUGGGCUGAAAAAGGCAUCGAGAGCCACGCACCGGCAGCACGUCGCCGGCCAUCCGUCCUACUACCACCAGCAGCAACAGCAGCAGCAGAGGCAGGCUGGACCGCGGCGAGAGAGCUUUCUAUUCCCCUCUCGAAAUCGGCAGCGAAAGACGACGUCGUCCUCGUCCCACCCGCGCCCGCAUAAACGCUACAGUGGUGGUGGCACCCUGCACCGCCCAACGAACGCCAAAAGCAGGCUGCUCAUUUCAAAGGCGGAGGAGGAGGAGGAGAGGAGACAGGAAAGCCUUCCAUCCAACCAUCGCUGCCCCCUUGCCCCUUCUUGGCCUCUUGCGAGAUUUGUAGUAGAGAGAUCACCUGCUUGGGGAACAGUGUUGGUGGAGAGGAAUGUGGACUCGUUGUUUAUGAGAGAGCGGUGCUGCAUUGGACACAAGAUCUUGCGUGAUUCUUGGUUAAUUAAAACAAAGUUGGGCGAGGUGGAAGAAGGGAAUUAUACUAAUCGCCUCUCAGAUCAGCAAGGACAGGCAGCAAUUAACAGGUAGCAGCAGGAGGAGGUGGGGUUGUGUCAGCUUUGUGCUUUGUGGGUGUUGUCCCUCCUGGCUCCUUGCCUCCCUCUCUCUCUCUCUCUCUCUCUUCAUAUAGGAGUAGUUUACUUCCAUUGAGGUGCUUGUGCUCCUCACCAUUCUUGCCUCAUUGCCUACGAUAGCAGCAGCAUCAGCCCGCAUAAGUAGGUUCAACUUGGAGUGUGCUUGAAGCAGCAGUUUGAGUGCUGUGCUGCUGUUGCUGUUACUGGCUUGCUGCUAGCCGCAUCAGGGCCUGCUACUAUCUCGUAGUCUGUUCUUGUUUUCCGUUGUACGAACGAUCUCCCGGGCACGUUGCAAUAUUCGGUCGCCGUCUCAGCCGCAGCCACCAGCAGGGUGCAGCAAGUUGUUCUGCUCCUUGUACUUGUUUGCUCCUGGGUACUAGUUGCUGUUCAUCUUGUGUAGAUAAAUAUGGGCUAGUAGUGGAGUUGUUGCAUUGGUUGCAGCGUUGUUGUUGUGUUAGUGGUGGUGGUGGUGGUUUGUGUGUUUGGGCGUCGAUCAGGAGAGAUAAGAUUUAAGAUCAGCGCGUGUGCGUCUGUUCUUUGCCUGUUUCAAGAUGAAAUUCAUGAAGCUUGGAUCGAACCCGGAUACUUUUCAGGAUGAUGGCAAUGAAGUCAGCAUUGUGGCAACUGAAUUAGUGAGCGAUGUCACUGUUCGCAUAGGGACUACAAAGUUUUACCUUCACAAGUUCCCACUUCUGUCCAAGUGCGCUCGCUUUCAGAAGAUGAUCCCAACUACUGGUGAUGAAAACAUUGAGAUUCACAUCCAUGAUAUUCCUGGUGGCGCCAAGGCUUUUGAGAUCUGUGCCAAGUUUUGUUAUGGUAUGAUUGUCACGCUCAAUGCCUACAAUGUCAUUGCAGCCCGCUGCGCCGCAGAGUACUUGGAGAUGCAUGAAACUGUCGACAAGGGUAAUCUCAUCUACAAGAUUGAGGUCUUCCUCAGCUCAAGCAUUUUCCGGAGUUGGAAGGACUCUAUCAUUGUUCUUGGUACUACAAAGGCUCACUUGCCUUGGUCAGAGGAUCUUAAGCUGGUUAGCCACUGCAUCGACUCCAUUGCUUCGAAAGCCUCCACUGACACCUCCAAGGUUGAGUGGUCAUAUUCAUACAAUCGCAAGAAGCUCCCAACUGAGAAUGGCCUUGAUUUGGAAUGGAAUGGAGUCAAGAAGCAGCAGUUUGUGCCGCAUGAUUGGUGGGUCGAGGAUCUCGCAGAUCUCGACAUUGAUUCAUACAAGCAAGUCAUAACAGCAAUCAAGACCAAGGGUAUGGUGCCCAAGGAUGUGAUUGGGGAGGCAAUCAAGGCUUACACAUACAAGAAGCUCCCUUCCUUAAGUAAGGUUUCAAUGGUCCAUGGCGACGCAAAAGUUCGGGCCAUGCUAGUUACCAUCACAUGCUUGUUGCCAUCAGAGAAAGGAUCAGUUUCAUGCAGCUUCCUCUUAAAGCUACUGAAAGCAACAAAUUUGCUAAAAUGUGGAGAGCUCUGCAGGAAAGAGCUUAUGAAGCGUAUUGGACGGCAACUAGAUGAAGCGUCCGUGUCGGAUCUUCUGAUUCCUACAGUGGAUGGGGAGACCACAGUUUAUGACAUUGACAUGAUACUCAGUAUAGUGGAAGAAUUUGUCAGGCAAGACAGUAAGAAUGCUCAGAAACAUAAUGGUGGUGAAGUGGACAGUCAUGUCCAAGCACCUAGUGCAUCCAUGAUCAAAGUGGCUAAAGUGGUUGAUGGGUAUCUUGCUGAGGUUGCAAAAGAUCCAAAUACACCCAUUUUGAAGUUCAUUCAUCUAGCCGAGACAAUGUCGAUAAAUUCAAGGCCAGUUCAUGAUGGGCUAUACCGCGCCAUCGACAUGUAUCUGAAGGAGCACCCAAGCUUGGGAAAGAAUGAGAAGAAGAAGCUGUGCAGCCUCAUGGACUGCAAGAAACUCUCACCGGACGCGUGUGCUCACGCGGUGCAGAACGAGCGGCUGCCACUGAGGACCGUGGUGCAGGUGCUGUACCACGAGCAGACGAGGGCUUCUGCGGCGGUCACCAUCCGAGCCGACAGCAUCUGCGUCGGCUCGUACGAGAGCUCGAGGUCAGGCGCCACCACCAACACGGAGGACGAGUGGGACGGCGUCAUGGUCGUGGAAGACCUCAGCCUGUCCACCAAGACCACCACCAAGCUAGACGGCGCAGCCAAUAGCCAUUGCAGCAACGGCAAGGCGAAGAAAGGCGGCGCGUCGACGCCGAAGAAGGCGGCUCACCGGAGGACGACGACGGUGCCAACCGGCAAAGGGCAGUCCGGUGAGCGCAGCAGCUCGGACUCGUCGGACAGUGCGAUCUUGCAGAAGCUGGAGCUUCCCAAGAGGACCCCCUCCAGGAGCACGAAGCCGGCUGCUGUGUAGCGUUAGCUUCCUGCAUGAAUUCUCAGUGGAUUCGUAAGGAUCGUUAGGUUCUUAGCUGCUGCUUCUUUUCUUUCUUUCUUCAUGAAUGUUGCAUAGAAGCAAGAACUAAUGGUUUACACGUCUGUUGGUAGGGAUGUUAUAAUGUGAGGUCUGCUUUUAGGUGAUCUUGUUAGUAGCAUUGUAGGCUUGCCAUGAAACCUAUGAAAAUGUUGGUUGCUACUUUGAGGUUUUAUGCCAUACUCAGAAGUUAGUAGCUGUUAUGAAAAAAGUUUAGAACUUUGUUAGAACUUGGAAGCAUAAUUCAUCUGCUGCUAGCCUGUUUAUACUGGUAUAGUGGUAUGAUCUCAGUUCAGAUCGUGCAAAGUCUUGUGUAAUUUGUAAUUAGACAAUGCUGUCCUGAGCCAAGAAUAACAGAGCUGCGGACCAAAUAGGGAUA